CAGUAAUGACAAAGGCGGAUUUCCUCAGGCGGCUCGCCUGUACCAGGUUGGAUAAUUCGGGAUCCGUGGGAGGUUUGUCCAGUGCUGUAACUGUGCGUGAUGGCGCCCCGCCAGUCAGACCGGCUAAUGAAAGUUGAGAACAAGAGAGACGAUUGAAUCAGCCCAUAAAUUCACCAGGAUUUGAUGGGACAGCCUUUUUGAGUUGGAGAGCUGCGAGCUGACGCAAGACUGUGCAGUCGGCUAUGGUCUCUGCUCACACAGCAUACCGUGCGGCGCGAGACUUCAGGAGAAGAUAAUUUCACACGGAUAAAGCUUUGUGUUGUCGCCCCGACGCGGACAUGGGGAGAUCAUUGAUCAGGCAGCACCGGUUGCCAGCGUAAAUGUGAAGGAAACAGGUCUAGCAGAACCACAAGCCGCCACCCAGGCAGAAUGACAGAGGGGUUGGAGGUAGAGGUCAGACAGUCUCAGUCCCACAGGACCCAGAGGUACAGACAGAGUCAGACCCAGGAGGAAACGCUUCUACUGAGGCGGGUGAGCGAAGACGAGAAUCCCCAGGGGCCCACGGGUCCUGAGGUCUGGGCCGAAGGUCCCGGAGACAGUCGAGAGGCCGAGAAGCGCAAGUCCCAGCUGUCGACAAGGUCCAGCCACAGGAGGAGCACAGGCAGUGACUCUGAGGACCAAGAGGAGGUGAACGAUUCCGGCCACCACAACACACCGUUCAGAGAACCAGGGAAGGGGCUGCCCGGGCAUGGGCCAGCCCAACAGAUGGCCCCGGACGGGGGCUGGGGUUGGGUGGUGCUGGUGGCUACCAUCCUGGUCCUGGCUCUGACGCUGGCCUUCCCCUCCUGUAUUGGGAUCUUCUACACAGAGCUGCAGAUCGAGUUCGGCACCAGCAACACUGAAACAUCCUGGGUCCCUGCUAUCAUGACAGCCGUGCUGCAUGUUGGUGGCCCGCUGUGCAGUGUGCUGGUGGAACGCUUUGGCUGCCGAGUCACAGUGAUGGUGGGCGGGGUUCUGAGUGGACUGGGCAUGGUGGUCAGCGCCCUGGCCAGAACCAUUACUGAGCUCUACGUCACCAGCAUAAUCGCAGGGUUGGGUUUUUGUCUGUCUUUCCAGCCCUCUGUCACCAUGAUGGGGCACUACUUUGUCCGACGGCGUGCUUUCGCCAACGCCCUGUCGUCCACCGGCACGGCCCUGGGACUGAGCACUUUACCCCUGUUGGCCAACUUCUUGCUGGCCCAAUUUGGCUGGAGAGGUAGCUUCCUGGUCCUGGGAGGGGUACUGUUGAACUGCUGUGUGUGUGGGGCUGUCAUGAGACCCCUUGGGGCCAAUCACGGAGGUCAGAGGGCAUUGACACAACCGCAAGAAGCUGCGAGCAAACAACCAAUCAGCUGUCCUCCGAAUCCAGAGAAAGAGGGGUUUAAAGUGAGAUUAAGGACGACAGUUAGCGACCUUGCAGUAUUCUUAAAGAGACACCUGGCCUUUGACCUGUUGGUCAGUAACGCUCGUUACCGUGCUUACGCCCUGGGUGUGACGUGGAUGAUGCUGGGUUUUGUAGUCCCACUGGUCUACCUGGUUCCAUACGCUACGGCCAACGGUAUGGAUCAAGACAGAGCUGCUCUCCUCAUGGCCAUACUGGGGCUAGUCAACAUUGCCGUGAGACCCGUGGCGGCCCUGCUCUUCGGCCUGCCGCGCUUCAGGGGCAGUGGUUGCUUUGUGUAUGUGUUCGCCGCCGCGCUACUCGUCAACGGCCUGAGUAACGGUAUCUGCGGCGCGGCCGCCACCUUCCCGAUGCUACUGGCCUACGUGGUGAUCUUCGGGCUGUCCAUGUCUGUGAUUGGCUCUCUGCUCUUCACCGUGCUCAUGGAAACCGUGGAGAUGAGCCGGUUCCCUUCCGCCCUGGGCCUCAUCAGCAUGCUGGAGAGCGGGACACUCUUGAUCGGGCCACCACUCGCAGGCAUGUUGGUGGAUAGCACAGGCCAGUAUUCAUACGUGUUCUACGCCUGCUGCGCGACCGUUUCCUCGUCCGGCCUCUUCCUAAUUGGCGCCUUCUACUUCCUGGACCGACAGAAAAUCAGAGAGAAGAAGAGAGAAGAGAAGAAGAAACAAGCUGCUCCUCUUAUCUACCAGCAUAAGCCUGGUAUCAUCCUAGUGCCCGGCUGCCGGUUCAGUCAUGUGCCUUCCGCUCUGGGAGAGAGGGCAGCGUCAAACAGCGACGUCUCUCACGUGUGACACAAAGGUGCCAUGUCUUGUUUUUAAUAAUCCCACAGCAACAGGAAAUGAGAAUUGUUGAGAGGAUUAUAAUUCAUUUUUAAUGAAUACCCUUUUUUUGCGAAGGGGUUUACACAUUUUUUCAUUAGGGCCAAUUGAGUCUGACAUUUUAAAGUGGAAAUUACAAACUUUAGAAGCCGUUUUAAACCUUUAAUACACCACAACUAUGCAUUUCCCGCUGUGAAGGAAAAUUCUAGCAACAACAGGUGGAUCAAAUUUAGAUACGGUGUCUGUACCAAUAGAGUAGGGGUAGUGGUAAAACUGUAAAAAAUGUAAAACUGGUCAUGGGUCAGUUUUACAUUUUUCUCAGUAAUAAUUACGGUUUGGAUUGGGGGAGGAAAGCUGAUCCUCAGUCUAUAUUUAGGGGAAAUGUCAUCCCAGAGCUGCUAACACAGACAUAUGCUUGGCAUUUAAUUACUCACAGAAUCACUAUCAUCAAUCAAUGAGUUAUGCAGUGUUUUAGUGCCUGCCGUUUAAUGCCUUCUGAAGGCUGAACUCCGAGAUGACACUGUAUUACUGUAUUAGUCUAAGAUGACCCAAUGUAGCAGGCAUAAAAUGCCUAACCUGAGAGUGCCCAUGUCCGAUUUACUGGGAAAAAUCAGUCUAAGUUGAAGACACUGUAACCCUAAAAAGUGUAUCUUUCACAUUACCAAAGCCUCCAAGGUUUAGGGUGUGGGUCAUAGAGUCACAGGGUCCAGAACCAUUCGAGCCCCAUUGGUCUGAGGCACUGCCUCACAGGACAGAUACAUCAGUGUGGCCAGGUGCUCUAAUUCUGGUUGCACCCAACUGACAAAGCCCUCAGGGGGAACAGGAGAGUGCGACGCAAAUUGUCUCAGCGCUGCCUUGGGUGUGUGGAUGUCAGACAGAGCUGCCUUUUCAGGCCACACUCCUUGUGGCAGGUCGGGGUACCUUUGAGCUCGAUCGUGGCUGUUGGCCGGGGAGUUCAUUUACCUCCAGCGCCCCUGUACUGCCGAAAAACAUCCUUGUUCAGCUAACCAUAUGACAAAAAGCGUUUGUGAUAAAGUAGGAUAGAAUUAUAUAUUUUAGAAUUAUAUUAUAAAAUGUCCUUCUGUCGAUUUAAUAUAGUGUACUGUAUCUAACUCUUACACACACUCAGUCAUAUGCUAACUCCCUUUCUUGACACAGUAAACAUCAUCUAUUCUAUUUCUGUCAACAGACAAUAAAUAUUUUUGUUUUGAUACAUAGACAAACAAGGCUUUAUUACACAACAUUCCCUCUUCCUUUCAGUCACUGAGCUAAACUUGUUCUUUGGAAAUACAACCAUACCGUAAAAGCAAACCAAGUCUUAACAUGUCUUUUUUUUUAAGCUUUCAUAAUGAGCUCUCUCUAAUAGACGCUGGAGGGCUGUGUUACUCACGGAUUGCUGCAUUUGUUCCGGGUAACGUUUUAUGGCUUUUGGCUGUUUGCUUGUAAGAGGUCAUGGUUGGUUGUACACUGUCACCCAGACAACACGUAACAUGGUUAUGAAUGUAUUCCACUACCUUGCUGAAUGAAAGUACAUCCACUGUAUGAUUUCUCUGAUGCCUUGAUAAAAACAACACCAUAGCCUUAUGUAUAAAAGGAUAGACAUUUUGUAGACCAGUCAUAACUUAUUUCUUUAAAAUGGAACGUUUAUAGAUGAUUAAACAUUUUCUAUGACACUAA